UGGAGAAUACCAGCAUGUAGAAGAUUGGAACUCCAAAUUUUCCAUCUAUUCAAUUUCCAACUUCUAGUGAAAAACACAUCUUAAAUUGAUUAAAAACUAUGAAUACUAAGCCAACAAACCAAAUCUCAAGCUAAUGAUAAUGUUGGACAUCAUUACAAUUCCCCUUUCCUUUCUGACCUUGUUCCUCUCCAUAUCCAUCUACAUCCUUUUCUCCUACAAUUCUAGGCCACACAAAAGGACACCAUGCCCGCAAUCUUACCCCGUAAUCGGAAACCUUGUAGGUUUCCUCCGUAACCACCGCCGCUUCCAUGAUUGGGUUGCUGACAUGCUUUCUGAGACCCCAUCAUUGACUCUCCAAGUCAACGGUUUCCUCAACCUCUCCCAUGGAAUUGCCACAGCCAAUCCCCUCAAUGUUGAGCACCUCCUCCUCUCCAACUCCCCGAACUACGUCAAAGGCUCUCGCUUUUACAACGUCCUCCACGAGCUCCUUGGCGAUGGGAUCUUCAAUGUUGACGGGCAACUCUGGACCAUCCAACGCAAGAUAGCCAGCCAUGAGUUCAAUACCAAAUCACUCAAGUACUUCAUCACCGAAACCGUCGCAUCUGAAAUCUCAACACACCUAAUUCCUCUCCUGUCCAAGGCGUGUGAUGAUAACAUAGUUAUUGAUCUACAAGACGUGUUACAAAAGUUUGGUUUUGACAACAUAUGUAAUGUGGCUUUCGGUGUGGAUCCUGCUUGCUUGAGUUCAGAUCAGAAAAGUCAUCAAAACAUGGAAAGCUUGAGCUUUGCCAAAGCUUUUGAUGAGGCUGUUGGGAUUUGUUCAUCAAGGUUUAUGACUCCUCUGCCUCUUGUGUGGAAGGCUAAGCGAUUCCUCAACAUUGGAUCAGAAAAACGACUCAAGGAAAUGCUAAAAGUCAUCAACACUUAUGCCAUGGAUAUUAUAAGGUCCAAAGAGGUAAAAUUGAGCAUUAAUAGUGAUCAACAAGUGCCUAAAGAUCAAGACUUAUUAUCAAGAUUCAUGACCUCACUUUCGAACAUGGAGUUUCAAGACAAAGAGCAAAAGAGAAAGUUCCUUAAAGACAUAGUCAUUAGCUUCAUUCUCGCCGGCAAAGACUCCACAUCCACUGCACUAACUUGGUUCUUCUGGUUGAUCUCUGCUCAUCCACGGUCUGCCAACUUGAUACACAAAGAGUUGUUGGAGGUGGCAAAGACGUCGCCCACACAAAGCUCAUCGAGAACUUUCGGCUAUGAUGAGCUGAAGAAGCUGCACUAUCUUCACGCGGCUCUAUCAGAGGCCUUGAGAUUGUUCCCUCCUGUCCCAAUCAAUUCGAGACUAGUAGUGUCGGAUGAUGUUUUGCCGGACGGGACACAAGUAAGAAAAGGGUGGUUUGCUGAUUACUCUGCCUAUGCAAUGGGGAGGAUGGAGGAGCUGUGGGGCCAGGACUGGAGGGAGUUCAAGCCCGAGAGAUGGUUGGAUGCUGAUCAUGGGGUGUUUCAGCCAUUGGGUCCGUUCCGUUUCCCGGUGUUUCACGGUGGGCCGAGGAUGUGUCUUGGGAAAGAUAUGGCUUAUGUUCAGGUGAAGUCAGUUGCAGCA